GCCUUACACCGGCGUUCUUUUUCACUAGUGAGGCGUAAAUGCAGUUCAGUGCCCAGGUGCUGCCUUUCAUCUAUCGUGCCAUUGGUUCAAAGCAUCUUCCUGCCAGUAACAUCAGCUUUGUUCAUCUUGAUUCCCAUCCAGACCUUCUUAUUCCUGUGAAUAUGCCUGCAGACACUGUAUUUGACAAAGAAGCUCUUUUUAGUGAAUUAAGUAUUGAGAACUGGAUUAUGCCUGCUGUUUACGCUGGCCAUAUUUCUCAAGUAGUGUGGCUUCACCCACCCUGGGCUCAGCAGAUCUCAGAAGGAAAACACCAUUUUUUAAUUGGGAAAGACAUAUCAACAACUACAAUCAGGGUUACAGGUACAGAUUAUUACUUUUUAAGUGAUGGUCUUUAUGUCCCUGCUGAUCAGCUAGAAAACCAGAAGCCUUUAAAUUUACACGUCAUUCUCAUCAAUCCUACCAAAGCAUCAAAUAGCCAGGAAGAAAAUGGUGAAGUAGCAUCUGCUAAGAGACUGAAGCUAAAUACAGAUGACACAGCAAGCACCGUUUCUGCCUCUUCAUCAGUGGUUCCUGGUGACCUUGAUCGCAGCACCCCAAGUCUGAAGAAAAAGGAAGUACAAAGCGCAAGUGUGCCGAACAAGGCAGAAACAUUGUCAGAGCGCUCAGCUUCAAGCUCUCUCAGAAACGGUGAAUGCCCAAUAAGGGAAGUUGUUAAAGAUAUCUGCCAAGUACUGCAGAAGGGGGAUGCAUAUGUUUUAGACAUUGACUUAGAUUUUUUUUCAGUUAAAAAUCCAUUCAAAGAAAUGUACACACAGACAGAAUAUGAGCUUUUGCAAGAGUUGUACAAUUUCAAGAAGCCUCACAGAAAUGCAACAGAGGAGGGCUUGCUGGAUUGUGUUGAAAACCGUGUUCAUCAGCUAGAAGAUCUGGAAGCAGCAUUUGCAGAUUUGUGUGACAAUGAUGAUGAAGAGACCCUACAGAAGUGGGCUUCGUACCCUGGAAUGAAGCCACUUGUUCAACUAGUUCACAGUUUGAAAACCAGGAUGGAAAGCCCAGACUACGAAAUGGUCCAUCAGGCUGGUCUGACCUGUGAUUAUAUAGAGCUUCCUCACCAUGUUAGCACUGAAGAGGAGAUCGAAGGCCUCAUACAAUCUGUUAAAGUUCUACUAAAAGAUAUGCCUAAGCCCACGCUUGUGACAGUUGCUCGAUCAAGUUUGGAUGACUAUUGCCCUUCAGAGCAGGUUGACAUCAUUCAAGAGAAGGUUCUCAAUUUACUAGGUUCAGUGUAUGGUGCUCUGGAUGUGCACUUAGAUUACUCAAGCACCUCAUCUUUUUUGUGACCUUUCUUCAUGUAUUGCCCUCUAAUGCAGUGGAUUAAAUUGCAUAUUAGCUAUGGUUGCAAGGGGAAAAAUACUGUUAUUUCAGCAGGUGGCACUAGAACCCAAGCUGACCAAGAGCUAGUUUCGAGUUGUAUUGCUUUCUCCAAGUCAGCUGCAUCUGAACUGUUACCUGUUUGGCUUUAUUCAGAUUAUUUCUGUGAUUAUUAUUUUUACUGUCUUGCUUCUUAAAAUUGGUGCAAGAGAAACUAUUUUUUGUCCAUCAGAUGUACUUUUCGUCUGAUUUCUUUAAGUGUCUGUAAAAAAAAAAAAAGUAUAUGUAACUUCUUGAAGUAAAUGGAUUUCUUUUAUGUAAUUAAACUUUUUUUGAUGGAGUUUGGUGAGUACAGACAUGUUCCUGAGUUGCACUGUACCUUUUAAAAAAAUUAUCUCAAUAAUGCCAUUAAGACAUUAGGUUUACAUAGUGAUUUUUCUUAACUGCUGUGCUCGAGAUGACCAAGAAUCCCCCUACAGAAAGUAAGUGGAGUCAGAUCACGUACUGCUUGCAUAAAGUUUUUUGGUUUUUUUAAAGUAAGAGACGCUUGUUGCUGGGCUUUUUUAACUGUCAAAUCAGUCCCUCUCUUCUGUGCUUCUCUGAAUGAAGGAAGAAGGAUGGCUUGAGCUCUGUCUGGCACACCACCGUGCCAUGUUUCCAUUCCAGUAUUUCAACAAAAUCUGAUCUAACACGAAACUCCACUUCUGUCUUUCCUCUUUUUCCCUUCCCCCUUUCAAAAUAAAACAUCAGUCAAAGCAACUUUUGGCUUGAUACACUAAGCAGUUAGCAUCAUCACAGAUCAGCACCCAGAGAAAACAGGGGUCUGAAAUCUUUCCACACCGAUAACAAACUGCCAGUCACUUCCGUGAACCUGUCAUGCUGGCGUCCAUUCAGGCAAUGCCCUCACAACCACAAAGUCAGUAAGAUUACUGCCCUUUCUUAGGGAAAUAUGGUCCAUGUUUUGGAGCCCAAAGAUUGAACCAAAGAAUAAAUUAUUUGAUUCAAUGUCAUAAAUGAAGUCCAUAUCUAUAUAUCUAAAUCUAGAUCAUCUAGACUGGAUGGUGGGGUUAAGUCACUAGACUUGUAAAUGAAGAGCUCAUUAGAGGACUGACAGGUAUCUUUCCUCUUGUAGACAGAAACACAGGCCAGACAACCGGCUCAUCGGCACCAAAUUUCCCCUCUAUUCCUUCCCUCCAGCUACCCUGUGAGGGUUGUCUGCCUCAUUGCAUUGUCCUAUAUGGCCAAAGUCCUUCCCAUUUCCACUGUUACUCCUUUGGAAACAACUGGAGCAUUAGAGAGUUGGUGGCAGGGCUGCAUCCCUGGGACUGGGCUGACUUGAGAGUCUGGGCACAUCCCGGCAGUGAGAAAAGCUAGUGCAGGACUGAGCCGAGGGAGGGUGGAGAGAAGUCACCCUGGUUACAGCCAUGGCUCCAACAGGCUGUGUUGUCGGGCCAGCCCCUGGAUAUCAGAGCCCCCAAGAAACGCACAGGACAGCUUCAAGGACCGUGAUGAGACAGGACACGUAACAGCUCCUCCUUGCUACUCCUUCCUCCUCAUGCUUCUCCCCUGCUCCAACAUGGGGUGCUCCAUGGGCUGCUGUUCCUUCAGGAAACACCCACCUCUUCUG